AUGGCCUUUCCCAGCGACAACGGCUUUGGGCCUCUUUGGUCGUCCGACAAUGCCUGCGAACCGCUGAAAGUGGCGGUCGAAGAUGAAGGCGAGCCCAAAUGCCGAAGCGAAGUUGGGUACCCGGCUGAGAAGGCUGGUGUCGUCCCCCCGCCGGGUCUGGUCUCUUCCGCGGAGACGCAGGCAGCUGCUUUUAGCCCAAUCGGCCCGCCUUCCAGUGCGGCGGCGGCUGCGCGCCUCGCCGCAGCAACUGACGAUAAGGGUCCUCUCGAGCGACGAGUUGCUGCACUGGAAGAGGAGAAUCGCGCGCUCCGUGCAGCCCUGGCCUCGCUUCAAGACAUCGGAGCCAGCAUGCUGCGGAGCCUGGCAGGGGAGAAUCCGCAGGCUUCAGAUCAGUCUGGAACAGCCGCACCGGUCGCUGCAGCCGCUGCAAAGCUGUCGCCCGCGCCCACAAGCCUCGAAUUGAACGGAGACACAGGACCGGCAAAGGUUGGAGAGGUCGAAAUCCCCGCACCGGUGACCUUCAGUUUCAGCAUCCGCAAGGCCGACAACACCGACUUGGGCCUCGAUGUGGCGUCGAUCGAGAAUCAGCCCGGCCUCCUUGUUGAGAGAAUUCUGCCGGGGGGCGCUGCAGAGGCUUGGAACAGGCAGCAGGAUCCCGGCAGCAGUUCUGCGAGGGACUUGCGCCGCGGCGACACGAUCCUCAAGGUGAACAUGGCCGAAGGCGAUCCGGAGUUGAUGCUGAGUGAAUGCCGGAACAAGCAGCUCUUGAAGCUUGUGGUAAGGCGCGCGGCCGCCGAGAUGCGCCUGGCCGAGCGAAGCGGGGGCGGCCCACGGGUAAUGCUGCAAUUCCACAGCUUGCCCUCUCCUGGUCAAUACAAGGAGCUGAAGAAGUUCACUGGCGCGUUGAAGGGCAUGCCUCACAACAAGGGCUUCCCCAAGAUCGAUCAGAUCUAUGCCAUCAGUACACAGAUCAAGAUGCGGGCCUUCAUCUUCUACGGUCCGGGCGACCUCGCCGAAGAUCUCCGCUUCGGGUUGCUUGGACUGCCGAAGUGGAUGGAAGUUGGCAUCUAUGAGUGGCCAGGACAUGGCACUCGUGACGACGAGCCUUUUGCAGAGAACUUCGAGGCUUUGGCGAAGGAUGCCUUGGAACACCUCACGCCGAUGCUAGACCAGGUGAAGGAGGGAGGCGAGUUCGAGGGUGCACCCUUCGCUUUCAUCGGCAAGUCGGUGGGCUGUCAACUGUUGACUUGGCUCUCCAAGACCAUCCUCGUGAAGUAUGGGAUCGGCCCUUCUGCCGUUGUCGUCAUUGACCGUGCGCCGCCUCACAUCCCUCUGCUGAGCGAUCAAGGUCAGUCGGAGCUCAAGUCGAACCCAGACAAGGUGGUCAAGGCUUUCAACUACGCAAAUUUCGAGGAGGUGGACAAGAAAAUGUGGGCAAAAGAUCUCACCUAUGCCAACGAGACUCUGGAUGCCUUCUAUCACAAGUUUGACUGCCCAGUCAUGGUUUUGAAAGGGCAGUUCGACCAAGCCAGCGACUCCUUCGGAAAGAAGAAGAGCAAGUUCAAGGCCGUGACUGUGAAGAUCAAGGGGUCGGACGAGACGAUCGACCUCCCGGCCGAGUCUGAGACCACUGUCAAGGAGAUGCUGACAGUUCUUGACAAGAUGUUCAGCUACAAGAGGGGGAGCAAUCUCAAGUGCCUCUCACCUGAUGGCCGUGAGCUUGCCAUGGACAGCCAAGUCCCUGCCGUAAUCGUGGUCGACGGCCUCAAGGACUUCCAGCAUGCACGCCAUUCCUGGGAGCACCCCAUCGGUAUUAUCGGCGGCGGCUUCUAUGGCGUGAAGUUGGGCAUGGAAUACAUGCUGCACAGGAACGAGAACAUCAUUCUGUUCGAUCGCCAUGCCCAGGCCGGCGGUGAUGCAUGGCACUGCUCAGCAACGAAGUAUUCGCGAUGUCAGACGGAUUUUGGAGCCUUCAACCCGUGGUGGGGUCACCAGUACAACUACAGCGGGGACAAGGGCUACGGAUCCAACCCGAAAUCCGGAGGCCGGGCGAAGUUCAGCGCCUCCUUCGAUGGCCCGGGUGCUCCCAAGGGCGGCUCGGGUGCGGGCACCGGGGUCGACUACCACCCGGUCAGGGCGCAGCUGUUGGAUGCCAUGCGCCAUUGCAUUGAGGAGUACGGCUUCACCAAGUGCUGCAACUUCGAGACAGAGGUCUCUACCCUGAAGAUCAUUGGAGAUCCGGAAGCCGAGGACCGCUACUACGAGCUCGGCCUUACAAAGCUGGACAAAGCCAGCGUCGAGCUUUCAGGUGGCGGCUAUGGUGGCUACGGCACCACGGGCCAGAUGCGUGCGGCCACUACCAAUGUCAAGGUCUCGCUCGUGUACCACUUCCCAGGCGCCUAUGACAUCAAUCGCAUCGUCGACUAUCCGGGUGAGGACGAAUUCAUCGCCGCCGGUGGACAGGUCGGUUAUGGAAUGGGAAACGGCCAGGGUGGACUCUUCGUCUGGGACGAUGGCCGAAUGAAGGAUGGACGCGCUGCGAUUUUGGGCAACGGCGCCUUCGCAGUGGAGAACGUGCGAAGCUGCGUGGAGAAUGCCGCUGCCAAGGUCUACAUCAUCACGCGACGGAAGAGUCUGCUUUGCCCACGUCUUCCAUGCUGGUUCUGCCACCAGGGUCCAGACCCCACUCCAGCCUUCCAGUUGCUGAACCAGUUCAAGCCGAUGUACGAGUGCGCAGGCAUCGAGGACCCCUUCAAGUUCUAUGCGGUGGUGGGUUCGGGUGAGGCCGAUUGCCAGAUCAAGCAAAGCAGUCGCUUCGGUAUUGGCGAUGUCACCUUCCUGGCGCAUGCCUACGGGCUGCUGGAGUACCGAGUGGACACCUUGGCGAGAUGUAGUGCCAAGACCCUGCACCUCACGAGUGGCGAAAAGCUGGAGGACAUGGGCCACGUCUGCAAAGCUCUCGGACUGAUUGGUGAUCCGCGUGUGGACAAGCUCCAUGCCAUGACCCACAAGGUGGGGAAUAUGAUCAACGGCGACUUCCGGCGGGUCAUGACCGCGGACGCCACAGGAAUGGACGCCAAGCGUUUCACUACCUUCUCGGCUGGGCCUGGCGCAUGCGGCUUUGUGAAGCAGUGGUACUACAUGCACAACCAUCCUUGGGAAUUCCGGAAAGCAUGCGACGAGGGCAUGAUGAAGUUGCUGCCUGUGCACAAGAAGAGCGACACACAGCCGGACCAGCCCGUGUACAUGACCAACGUUCAGUACGAAAUGUGGGCUGGCGGCGUUUUUGGAAGCUACUUCCCGAAUGCAGCGCGAGCCUUCGGCGACGAAGCGUCUUACAAGUACUCUCUGAUCCACACGAUGCACCCAGUCCACAAGUUCUACGAGUACUGCAAGGCAGAUUGGGACCGCUACCAGAAGAUGUUCCAGGAGAACUGCAAGGGCUGCGCGGACAAGAACGUCCCCUACCCCUACACCUUGGAUCAUGUCAAGAGCUGGUUCGACGAGUACAACACGAAGUUGAACUGCGCGACGAGCAUGGAGGGCCCCGACGAGAAGUUCCGAAAGAGCACCAUCGAAGUUUUCCGAAAGGGCGAUGUGGCUCUGCAGCGCGAGCUCAUCCCCAACCUAAUCAAGGAGUUCAAGCUUGUCAAGAGCGUGAAGGACGGAGAAGAUCCGUACACCCAAGUUUUGGCCAACAAGGUCUACGAGUUGAAGAAGCCGCUGACAUCCUCCAACUCCGAGUCUUGCAUGAACUUCGACGACCAGCAGACGAAUCUGUGGAAGGACCUUGUUUCCGAUGGCUUCACGUGCCACAUCGAAGAAGUGCCCUGCACAUCUGCAGGGGCUUUCCUGGACGGGCAGGCAUGGGGAAAGAUCGUUGGACUUUUGGACAAGCUCAAAGCCGAGUGA